AAUGAACGUUGUUGUUGCCGUCAAACAAUAUAUUACAAAAAUGAUAAACGAUAGUGGGCAGGGAAUGAAACUACUAUUGAUGGAUAAAGAAACGACUUCAGUGGUUAGUAUGGUUUAUGCUCAAUCAGAGAUACUUCAAAAGGAGGUUUAUCUUUUCGAACAAAUAGAAAAUAAUAAUAGAGAAGCAAUGAAACAUAUGACUUGCAUAUGCUUUAUCCGACCAACUCAAAGAAAUAUAGAAGCAUUAUGUAGUGAACUGCGAAAGCCUAAUUAUGGAUGCUAUUAUAUAUAUUUAAGUAACGGUCUUUCCAGGCAAUUAGUUAAGCAGUUAGCUGAAGCAGAUGAUUCUGAAGUUGUCAGAGAGAUUCAUGAAAUGUAUGCUGAUUACAUUCCUCUUGCCCCUCACCUCUUCUCUGUAGGAUAUCAAGUUGGGGAUAUUAUUGAAAAUCGUUCUUUCAAGCAGAAGGCAUUAAAUCGGAUUGUUCAAGCUAUUUGCGCUGUUUUAUUAUCAUUAAAGUGCUGCCCAGUUAUCAGGUACCAAGCAUCUUCUGAACUUGCUAAACGGCUUGCUGACAAUGUUCGACAAGCGACUUCGAAAGAAGCAUCUUUAUUUGAUUUUCGUCAAGAAUCCGCACCUCUCUUAUUAAUAAUAGAUAGACGGGAGGACGUCGUGACACCUCUUCUUAAUCAAUGGACGUACGAAGCUAUGGUUCAUGAAUUAUUAGGCAUUCAAAAUAAACGAGUUGAUUUAUCAAAUGUUCCAGGAGUAUCAAAGGAUUACGAACAAGUUGUUUUAAGUAUUGAUCACGAUCCUUUCUACGCUCAAAAUAUCUAUAGGAAUUUUGGAGAGAUUGGUUCAAAUAUUAAAACUUUAAUAGACGACUUUCAAAAAAAAAGUCAUAAUCAUGCGAAAAUUGAAUCAAUUUCUGAUAUGAAAUCUUUCAUUGAUAAUUACCCGCAAUUCAAGAAAAUGAGUGGAACUGUUGGAAAACACGUAACAGUUGUAGGGGAACUUUCCAGACUAGUAUCUACACAUAAAUUGCUAAGUAUUUCCGAAUGCGAACAACAAUUAGUAUGCGAGGAACAGACUUAUCAAAGAGUUGAACAAUUAGUCUCUGAUCCAGGCACAAGAGAGAUCGAUUCUGUUAGAUUAGUUUUACUUUACGCCUUGAGAUACGAAAAUCAAAGCAGUCAGAUCAGCUCAUUAAUACAAGCGCUUACAAGGAGAGGGAUAAACGAUAAAUUCCGAAGAUUAAUACAUGGAAUUAUAGAAUACGGCGGUCAAAAGGCAAGAUACGCGGAUAGUUUAUUCGGUUCCACACCAAUUUCUGGUAUAACAAAGAAACUUCUUAAAGGUUUAAAAGGUGUUGAAAAUAUUUAUACUCAACAUAGACCACUACUUCACACAAUUCUAGAGAAUUUAUUCAAAGGCCAAUUAAAAGAGAGCCAAUAUCCUUUUAUUGGUACUUCAAUUAGCAGGCAAAAGCCUCAACAAGUAAUCGUAUUUAUUAUCGGAGGAGCUACUUACGAAGAAUCAUUCUAUAUAAAUGAAUUUAAUUCUACUUCACAAUUUGGAGCUAAAGCAGUACUAGGUUCAACUUAUAUGCAUAACACAAAAAGCUUCCUGGAAGAAGUCCGACUAUUUCUGGACGGUUCCUCGAUGAAUUAUCGAGAAUUGAGAUGUACCAAUUGGAGAAAUAGACCUGAUUAUAUUAUUUAUCAGGCAAUCAAUUGCUUGAAAUAUCACAAGGAUAUAACCUCGGCUAUACUUAGAGUACGUACUACUGAAUCUGAACCAUUGACAGAGAAAAGUAUGCUACCUUUUAGGAGGAUUCACAGUCUGCACUUUGACGAUUCUGAUUUAGGAAACAUUGCUAGGGACUCUUUUAAACAAUUAAACCAUUUAAAGUAUUUGUCUUUACGAAAUACUAAUGUAAAUUGGGAACUAAUUCAAGAUGUAGUUGCGUUCUUACCUAAACUUAGAGGAAUUUAUUUAGCUAAAUUAAACAAAGAAUGUAACUGUCGCUGGUUAAAUUUAGAGAAAUUUUUACAUAGUAGGAAUAUUACUAUUAUGGAUGGAAAAGAUGAAAUUCCAACCUGUUCAUCAGAAUUGAAAGAUAGCUGUCAGUAUACUGAUGCGCCAAAGACAAAUAGUCUUAUACGAUCGGUUAAUAUCGAAACUAAAGAAACUGGAAGACCUAGAGAUCUUUUACAUCAAACGAUUGAAUUUAAUUUACCUUCCUCAAUCAUUUUCAUUCUUGUUCUUUUCACAGUUUUUGUAUUGAUAGGAACUAUGAUUAUAUGUAUUUUUACCUAUUAUAAUCUGAAAUACGAAGAUUGUCGAUCAAAGUGGUGGCCUUUCAAAAAUAUAAAAAGGUGUAAAAAAUCUAUAAUUUCCCGAGAUAGUUCCAAAGUAUUUGAUAAAUAUACACCUUAUCCUUAUCCUCAGAAAAAUGAUACUGAAAAUAGAAAGAUUUUUAAUGAACAACAGCAGAAACUACAGCAAACUGAAUCUGAAUUAUUCAAAUGUCGUACAAAGUUAACAAAGCUUGAGAGUAAAUUUGGUAAGAUUUACGAUUCGCCAUCAUCAACACAAAAAUCUGAUAUGAUAUUGAAAGAUGAUCUCAGUUUAGAUGAAGUUGAAGAAUUUCAUAAAUACUUGAAAGAUAUUACUUCUAAUGAGAAAUCAUCUUUCUUGAAAUGGUUGGGAAGAAUUCCUAAAUCGGAUUGUAUUUUAUGCGUUCGAAAUCAAUUACAACAAUUUAGGAAUGGUAACAUGCUACUUAAUUGGCCUUAUCAGCAAAUAGAAAAUGAUCAAGAUACGGAUAAGUUAAUUCGAACACCUAAAACUCCGGUUGAUAAUCGAAUAUCUAGAAACAUCGCUCAUAAUUCUAUACAAACUCAUAGAAAUAACUAUGAAACGCCAGAUAAUGUUCGUAAGGAGAAUGUAAAGCUUUUUGCUAAAGAGAAUCAAGUUAGCCAAGGGAUACGAUCAAAGAAAAAGACAUCAUAUCCUAGAAUAAAAUCAGAACCAUUUUGUCAAGAUUAUUCAUUAAACAAGGAAACAAAUGAAAACAAUACACAUUUUGAAAGAGCAAAUAGACCUCACAAUUUCGAGAAAUACUCUGAGAACACUGAAGAGAAUUCAUUUAGUAAUGAAAUCGAAUCUCCUAAAACUAAAAAUAAACUUUCAAUGUAUCGUCAGAUCAGAAGGGAAACUUUAAUGACGAGAAGAGACGAGAACAAUGACGACAACAAUAUUAACUUCGAAAAUAACUUUAAAAUGUUAAAUCUUAAUCAAAAUCAAGCAUAUGCGAAUCCGAUAAAUUUAAAUGAAAAACAAAGUAGCACACUGGAAGCGGGUUUAGAUAAAUUAAAAACUCUUUCAGAUGUUUCUUCAUUAGCUGAUGUUCAAUAUUAA